GGGGGGGAAGAGAGAGAAAAAGGAAAAGUGUUAUUACUGAGGAAUCAACGUCAGUCUGCGCCGUGGAGACCUGGUCAAUUUCACUUGAGAAUUUUGUCAAUUUCACCUGGGGAUUUUUCUGGCCAGUUUCACUUGGAAUUGUGGAAUAUUCUAUCCGGAUGGUCGGCUCGCUUUGGGAUUUAUUAUGGGCAUCUUGGAAUAAUUUCUCCAUCCAAGUUAUAGACGGAUGCAUCAUCUCUUUGCGGAUUUUUUUGUCUGUGUGUGUGUGUGUCUCCCAGUGAUUUAUUAAUGCACGGGCGACGUGCAUUUACAGUCAUCGCCUCUCCGUGAAGUGGCUUUGUGGAAUUGCCAUUGUUGAUAUUUCUUCUGUUUUUUACACACGCACUCGAGGGGGGGAAGGAGGUGAGGAUAUAUUUUGUGGCCGUCAACCUUUUCGCUGAGGAGGAAGAGGAGGAGGAGUGUGCAAGGGGAGCGAGAUUCGUGGCAGUGCAAAUGGAUGGCCCGCGCUGUAGCGGGCUUCGCCGGAGCAGGCGAUCCAGAACGCAGAGAAAUCGAGAUCGGAAGGCAAAGGGAGGUAGUGGUGGUGGAGGAGGAGGCGGUGGAGGCAGUUCGAGGACCCUAUCCUCAUCGGGAUCUGAUCGAGAGGGCAAAACCAAAAACCCAGCCUCCUCGCGACCCAGACCUCCCCGACGCCGGAGGAAAGACUCGACUUCGGGAGAGGAAGAUCUCAUUGAUGGCUUUGGAAUAGCUAGUUUUGUCACGUUGGAGGCUCUGGAGAAGGACAUUGCAUUAGAGCCCCAGCAGCGCCUGGAGAAGCUUCAGAAUCCCCUCGCAAAGAAAAAACGCAACGAACUGCAAAACGGCCUGAGCUUCCACGCCAACAAGAAUAGACACAGUUACCGACACGGAAGUUCCGAUCGGGAAAAUUACCACAGAUUUCGCCAUGGCCAUGGGAAGCAGAAGCGCUUUCAGAAGAGGCACAGACAGGUGACCUUGAAGGCGCAGGAGGCAUUGCCCCGGUUCACCCUCCAACUAGCCCUCGCUCCUCGAGUCCGACGUUCCCAGCUCCCUCCCAUUUCCGACGAGCCUUCAGGCGAAUUCCCAGUCCCACUGUCCAUUUGGGACGAAGAGCAACAAAGCCCUGGGAGUCGACGUGGAGAAGCCACAGGAGUGUGGGAGCGUUUGCAGCCAGACCCCAAGGGAUUGUCAGGACAAGGUGUUACACCAGGCAUGUUUAAGCAGCUGGAUCCCAAGACUGGGGUGAUAUUUGUAGAUGUGUUCUGGUCGUGUACCACGCCGCAGCGCAGCACGGUUAUCGAUACCGCGGUGUCACUUCACAUCGUGCUUGCCACUGACUGGAAAUGUGCAGCCUCUUUAAAGUCUGAUAUGAGCUCUGCUCAUUCCAGUUUGGGAACAGGUUAUUUUUGUGACAGUGACAGUGAUCCGGAUGAGAAGGUUUCGGAUGCUACUUCGGAGAAACUUUUCAACACGACCACGAGCAAAGUUACUCACUUCAGUGUCAGUGCACUAACAACAAAUGACACCCGAGAAGCACGAGGACCGAAUGCCCACAAGAUAUCAGGGUUAGAACGGAGCCAGGAGAAAAGCCAGGAAGGAUCCAAAGACCAUCUGCUUGUGCUUGCUGUGGCCAAGGAGCCUGCUCCCCAGGCUCAGAGCCAAUCCCAACCCCAACCACUACCGCAACCACAGUCCCAAAUAAAACACUGCUCCCCACUUCCAGUGCAGACUCAGCUGGCACUGAUUCUGCCCCACUCUCAGCCGAAGGCCUCAGCGCCAUCCCAGGCUCCAGCCCUCGGCCAAACCCAGUCGCAGCCCCUCCUUCCGUCCCAGACCCUCCUCCCUUCCCUGCCGCUCCUCUCUUCCCAGCCUCACCAUCCAUCGCAGCCCCUCCUGCCGACCCAGUCUGUGCCCGUCCCACAACCCCAACCUCAGCCCCAAUCCCGACCUCAGCCCCCAGCCCAGGUCCAGCAUCAAACCCCCCAGCACCAGCCCCACACUCCCCAGCAUCAGUCUCACCCUCACCCUCACCCUCAGCCGCCAUCUCCAGCCCAGCCACUCCUUCAGGCUCAGCUUCCAUCUCGACCAACAUCUCGCAACCUCCCGCAAUCUCUGUCAGUCUACAGCAGCAGCCUGAGCCUGAAUAGCAUAAGCAGCAGCAGAAGCAGCACUCCAGUCAAGCCUCAAGCGCCCCCUGUGCACGUCGCCCAUCAUCCGCCCGCUCCCAGCUUCUCCUUGCCCCUGGGGGCCCACAAUACGUCCCACACCUUCACUCCGAGUCUGCAGCCUGCCAACCACUCGCACCACCCCACCAUGUUUGCCCCUCACACGGCCCUGCCACCACCCCCUCCGCUGACAUCAAGUGCACUUCAGGUUCAAGGGCAUCCUGCCGGCACUGGGUAUUCUGAGCAAGAACUUCUGCGGCAGGAGCUGAACACCAGGUUUUUGGCCUCGCAGAGUGCUGACCGGGGGGCUUCGCUGGGACCACCACCCUACAUGCGGGCGGAGUUCCACCAGCACCAGCACCAGCACACCCACCAGCACACCCACCAGCACACGUUUGCGCCAUUUCCGCACGCCAUCCCGCCGACGGCCAUCAUGCCAACACCGGCACCGCCCAUGUUUGAGAAAUACCCGACAAAAGUCGACCCUUUCUACCGACACAGUUUGUUUCAUUCCUACCCUCCAUCCAUGGCUGGAAUUUCUCCAAUGAUUCCACCUACAGGUCCUUUUGGUUCUCUGCAAGGAGCAUUUCAGCCGAAGACGUCCAAUCCCAUUGACGUGGCAGGAAGGCCUGGAGCUGUUCCCCAUACCCUCCUGCAGAAAGACCCCAGGUUGACAGAUCCAUUCAGGCCAAUGCUGAGGAAGCCUGGAAAGUGGUGUGCCAUGCACGUACAUAUAGCGUGGCAGAUAUAUCAUCACCAGCAGAAGGUUAAGCAACAGCUUCAGUCGGAUCCACACAAACUGGACUUUGGGCUGAAGCCAGAGUUCCUGAGCAGACCACCAGGUCCCAACAUGUUUGGAGCGAUCCACCAUCCCCACGAGCUGGCUCGCCCUGCCACCCUCUUCUCCACUGCAGGCGCCACGCAUCCGACCGGAAACCCCUUCGGACCUUCACCUCACCACAACAGCUUCCUGAGCCCGGCUGCUCAUCUAGGGCCAUUUAAUAGACCAAGUGGUUUGGCUGGUCUGAGAUCUUUAAGUAACAGCGCCUUUGGUGGACUGGGGAACCCUUCAAUCACAUCCAACACAAUGUUCAGCCACAAAGAUGGCCCCAGUAUGCAGACCUUUAGCAACCCUCAUGAGCCUUGGAAUCGACUCCACCGAACGCCACCUUCGUUUCCAACCCCACCCCCUUGGCUGAAGUCAGGGGAGGCUGAGCGCAAUUCCUCUGUAGCAACUCAUGACAGAGAUAGAGAUGUAGAGAAGCGAGACUCUACUGUUAGUAAAGAUGAAAAAGAAAGGGAUACCUUGGAGAAGCGGCACACCACUCAUGCUUCAUCUCCGUCAGUAAAUCAAGUUAAUUCUUUGGUGCACAACCGUAGUUCCACCGAGCACAACCGAAACCAUGUAAAUAGUGAGCUGCGCGAUAAGGAAAAGCCACGGGAGCGAGAACGGGAUCACACUGACACUUGGAAAGACUCGUCCGUAGAUGAGCACAAAGUUAAGGAAAACCACGCACCGGACAAGGAGAACCUGGGGCUGGAGGGCAGGAUCGGGGAGGACUCCAACAAGCAUAUGAACAGAGUCAAUUCACCUUACAUCAGGCUGCCCGGCACGGACGGCCCGAGAGCCAACAGCCAUGCCAACCGAGAGGUGGAUCGGAAAAGCGAGCCUUCUUCGUACGACCAUCAGAAGAAGAGCAACGAGGUUAAAGUCAAGGAGGAGCGGAAGGAGGACAACGACAUUAUUUCAGAGGUGAUUCAGACACAACGACUCCCCGAACACUCCCAGCCCAUCUCGUUGCCCAGUGUCCAUCCCAGCCCCUCGAUGGCCGCCAUGCCAAUGGCCAUGGCCAUGAGCGGAGUACAUCCCAUGAACAGCAUCAACACGCUGGACAGGACACGGAUGGUGGCUCCCUUUAUGGGGAUUAGCCCAAUACCAGGGAGUGAGCGCUUUCCAUAUCCUCCUUUCCACUGGGACCCCAUGAGGGAUCCCCUGCGAGACCCCUACAGAGGGCUGGACAUCCACCGGCGAGACCCGCUGGCCAGAGACUUCUUGCUGAGGAGCGACCCGCUGCAGCGGCUGUCGGCGCCGCGCUUCUACGAUGCGGAGCGCUCCUACCGGGACCGGGAGCCCCACGACUACAACCGCGAGCACGCGCUGGUGGCAAUGGACCCCAGGCGUGAGCACGAGAGGAUGAGCCACCUGGAGGAGCGGGAGAGGCUGAGCAUGCUGAGAGAUGAGUACGAGCACGGGCGCCUUCACCCGAUCCACGCGGCCGCCUUGGAUGGCCACAUGCCCCACCCCGGCCUCUUGACGCCGGGACCUCCCAGCAUGCACUACCCCAGGGUGAGCCCCUCCUCGGCCCACCAGAACGGCAUCCUCAACAAGACCCCCCCCACGGCUGCUCUGAGCGCCCCUCCCCCGCUCAUCCCCACCGGCGGCACCAGGGCCGGCUCACCCCGGAGGACUACGCCCCUGACUAGCUCAGAGGCGAGAGACAGGCCCCCUUCGCACACACACAAAGACAUCGAAGCCCGAUAAUACAGAGACGGCAGGAAAAAAAACACACACGAGGAAGGUAACUGCGGAGGUCAAAUAAAGGCGACUUUUGUAGCGUGACAACCCACCGUCUAAAGCAUUGGACUUCACUGGACUGGGGCGGGUGAGCGCAGCCUCCACCGUCAACAUGUAAAAUUACUUUGCGGAAAUAACACUUUUGUACAUUUUAAGCUUAAAUUUUUUGCAAAUGUUCAAUGUCGAUUUUUUGUUCCUUUCUCCCUGUUAAUUUUAUUUGUAGUAUAUAUAUAUUAAAAAAAAAAUGUGUUGUGAAGAAAGAGCAAACUAAAACGGAAAAAAAAAGAGUUACUGCUAUAUUUAUCAAGGAUUUGGGUAUGUGGUAAAAUGAGGAGGCCUAAGAAAAAAAGAAAAGAAAAGCUCUUAAAUUGUCUUUGGAGAGGAGUAAUGGAUAAGACUCGGUUUGAAGGAAUCAAGCUGUAUAGACAACUGUGUAUAGAGGAAGUUCCCAGGCCGAAUGGAACUUGGUACAUAUAUGCAAAAAAUGGAAAAGACAAUAAGUUUUACUGUGUACAAAUGUAAAUAGAUUGAAGGGCGGCUGUUUGACGGCUGAUCAGAAGCAUCCAACAAUGCGAGCUAUUGGGAGAUUAACUAUCUGUUAACACAGUCUGCUUGUGCUGUGUUGGAUAACUUUUUUGCGGCUGUACAGAUAUUCCCAACUAUGCAAGCGGGUGAAUGCCAUGGCUUUUCACGCAGAAAGUCUGCAUUCUUCGAUGGAGCCUUUUCAACACGAUUCAUUUAACCACCACGUCUAGCACAUUACAUUGUGUCUAAGGAUUGUAAACUAUGUUAAUGAAGUAAAAUUAGUUCUGUUGGUCUAAUAGUGUAUUAAAGUGCUAUCUGAAGUUGUUUAUUCUGUUUUGAAAAAAUUCUAUCUAUGACAGUUGUUUCUUAUGAGCAGAGAUCUAUUUUAGUAGUCACCUGAAGGUUAUAGUUGUGCGCUUCAUAUUUGUGAACUCCUGAUGUUGUGCAGUGUUUUUGAGAAACAAAAAAAAUAAUGUACACUGGAUCAGUAGUGCUAGAACUCAAUAUUACCUAUAGACUUUCAUUUGCAGAUAUGCUGUUUAUCAUGUACGUAAUGAAGUCCUUUACAGAUCCUGUUGUAAAGUGAAGCGACUCUGAAACUUCGGCAUGUGCUUCAUAAACAAAAACUUGUGUUAUGUAAAUUGUGCCAUGUUAUUAAAAAAUCGAACUGAAGUGUUCUCAGUCUAA